AUGGCGUCAUGGAUGCUUUAUCCUCUGCCCACCACAGGCAGCUCCCAUGGAGGGAUGAAUCACAACCUGUCAGGGGGCCCCCGGCGGGUGCGCCGUGAGCUUCAGGGGGCACCAUAUGAGGCUGUUGAGACCGCCUUGGCUAAUGAAGUGUAUUAUCCGGAACUGGUUCAGCUGGCUGCCCUUGAAAGGGCCCUGUCGACUCCAGGUAGCCAGCUACAAGAAGAUCACUAUGCCCAAGCCUUGCAACGAGUGUUGGCUUCUUCCGGGAACCAGCUGGCUGAUGAGCGAAUGGCCCAGGCCCUUGAAAGAGCGGUGUCUCCACCUAGCAACCAGUUCCAGCCAGACAAGCACCUGGCACGUGCUUUGCAGCGCCUCCUUCAGGAUGGGCAUCGCCGGGACCAGGAAUCUGUCUACCUGGCAAAUCUGCUGAGGCUGUGGGAUGAAGCCAAGGGGGCAACCUUGUACCCCGAGUACGAUGAGACUGGCUUGGCAGGUGGCUCCUCUCCACCCAGGGCACUGCCGAAUCAUUAUUGGGCUCCCGAAGGAGGAUUCGAACCCCAAGAAGAGCUGGGCGCAGAGGAGGAAGCUGCUGGAGAGGUGGACCCUGAGAUGCUGAGGUAUCUGAUUGGCAGGAUCCUGUCAGGAGCAAGCAACCUGCCUUCACAGCGCCUCCCACUGGCUCCCCGACGCCUACGUCGUGCCAUUUUUGAUGGAGGAGACCUACCCGAACCCCCCAAUCUUCUGCGGGUCAAGCGUCUUGGUGGGGAGAGUGGGGACGAGCUGCAGCGAGUCAAGCAGACGGAAGGAGAAGGGGUGGGUGGGAGACGGAGUAUGAGUGGGGGCACCCAGAGGCUUCGGUAUCUCUCUGAAUAAUGAGAAUUGGUUUCUGUGCAAAGAAAUGCUGGGGAGCCACCUCACUGAUGAGCCCCCCCUUUGAAUGUCAAUGGACUGUGAGUGACACCUCGUGUUCUUUCCUGCCUCUGUCCUACCUGUGACCCCAAAAUACUGGGAAAGAAGGGGGGUAACCUUGAACUGGGAUCCCCAAAUCCCAAUUAUGUUCUAUAAAGUGUGUGCAGGGGAAGGCCGAUUUUCUCUUCACUGACCUUUUCAGUGCCCUGAUGGAAAGGUCUUUUCAGCUAAGGAGAUGGUUUUUCAUUGAUAGCUAGUUCCUACUUCCCUCCAAAGCCAGAGCUAGGUUUCACCACACUCAUCCUUCUCACAUCUUGGCUUU